AUGCCAGAGUCUCUGCCGAAGGUGCCAGAGGUGCCAGAGUAUCGAGGAGAUGCCGAAGACCCAGAGAUUGGAGACUUCAACUACGUGCUGAUACUGCAGGAAAAGAACAUCAAGCAGUGCCAGAAAAUGAUGCAAGACGUGAAGAAGAAGUACGAGACGCAGAUCGACUACCUGACGGCACAGAAGAGAAAGCUCAACAGUAUCUUGCUCAGGUCGCAGAUGCUAAACACAAGGAACACCCUUGAGGCCAUCGUGAUCGGGGAGAACAUGCAGACGAUCACGGACCAGCUCAAAGGCAUCGAGGAAGCGCUGACCGCCACGCUCCAAGCGCACGCCAGCUUACAGUUCCGCAGCGAGCCCCCACCUAAAUACCCAUCGAGCAAGGAGUACAUGAAGAAGCAGGUCACGCCGAUCCGCACGCAGCGCGCCAUGGAGCUCGCCAAGAUCACGUUGGCACCCCCGUGGGACGCGGGCGACCCAAGCACGUGGGUAUUCCACGGCUGGACGCCUCCAGCGGAGGGCAUUCCAGACUGGGACAAGGACGAUCCGAGCACGUGGGUGUUCUACGGUUGGAAGGAGAGGCGCCCAUGGAUGAACCACCAGAAGGGGCAGAGUAGUGGCGAGAGCGAGAGCAAGGUGAAUGCGGAGGAAGUCCCGAUCACUGUGAAAGCGGAGGAAGUCCCGGCCACUUCGGACGGGGAGGGGGGGAUCUGA